AUGGCCUGCUGUGCUACUAGCUUCUGUGGCUUUCCCACAUGCUCCACCGGUGGUACCUGUGGCUCUAGCUGCUGCCAGCCCAGCUGUUGUCAGCCCAGCUGCUGCCAGCCCAGCUGCUCCCAGUCCAGCUGCUGCCAGCCCAGCUGUUGUCAGCCCAGCUGCUGCCAGCCCACCUGCUGCCAACCAAGCUGCUGUGGAACUGGCAGUGGCCAGGAGGGUGGCAGUGGAGGCGUGAGCUGCCGUGUCAGAUGGUGCCGCCCAGACUGCCGCGUGGAGGGCACCUGCCUGCCCCCCUGCUGUGUAGUGAGCAGCACACCCCCAACCUGCUGCCAGCUGCACCAUGCCCAGGCCUCCUGCUGCCGCCCAUCCUACUGUGGACAGUCCUGCUGCCGCCCAGCCUGCUGCUGCCACUGCUGCCCCCCCAGCUGCUCUGAGCCCACCUGUUGA